CCGCUGCGCAUGCGUCAAGCGGGCUCCUGGCACACCGCAGCGUGGGAAAAGAAGGGAGCUGGAUGCCAGGAUGCGGGGCGGAGGGUCCUCCUGGUAGGGUCCCCUCUGCCCCUUCCUUCUUCCUUCCUGCUUCGAUGGGGCUCAGUGAUUGGCUGGGCGCCUGGUGCUGCGCGUGCGGAUGCUGCCGGCGCGAGAGGGCGGCCGCGCUCCCGGAGAAGGAGCCCUUGGUCAGUAAUAACAACCCGUAUGCUUCGUUUGGAGCAACCCAGGCGUGGGAUGAAGAUAAAAACUUGUGGAGCGCCCCUCAUGACGUCUCCCACACCGAAGCCGAUGAUGACCGGGUCCUGUACAACCUCAUUGUGGUUAGAGACAGAUUGGACAAAGAUUCUGAGGAAUGGCAAAAACUGAACUAUGACAUCUACACUCUAAGACAACUGCGAAGGGAAGUAAGAAACAGGUGGAAACGCAUUUUGGAAGACUUGGGUUUCCAGAAGGAGGCAGAUACACUGUUGUCCGUGACCAAACGCAGCAUUGUUAGUGACUCUCAUAAUAUGAGCAAAGCCCGCGAAAUCCUCUUGAAGCUGUCGGAGGAGACAACUAUUUUCCCAACAAGCUGGGAGCUUUCCGAGAGAUACCUUUUUGUGGUGGACCGUCUCAUUGCCCUUGAUGCUGCUGAUGAGUUCUUCCGCAUUGCCAGCGUAACCUAUCCAAAGAGACUUCACACGGCAAAAGAUGAAGACCAAUUGAAAACAGACCAGUGCAAUUCCUCCCUGUCGUAACACUGCAUCCCUUGUGCUGGAAGUGGCUGUUGUUUUUUUGGAGGGCUAAGCCAGAGCGGUGGGACUUCUCCCUUCAAAGAAGCACAGCAGGCCAUCAGGGCAAAGUAUCCACUGCCCGGCAAGUGGCACGAUGCCACAGAGACUUGUGGUCUGUGAUAAAGACAUUCAGACACCUUCGUAAGCAUUGGUGCUAGUCUAGAUGUUGGUGGUAGGCUUCUUGCUACUGCAAAGAUACAAAGAGUAUUCUGGUGGUGGUAGAAGAAACCUCCCACACAAAGUCUUGAUUCUUGUGUAUGAAAUGGUUUUCACUUCACCGACUGAGUACAAUGAUUUGUAUUCCCUAUAAGCAGCAAUUCCGUCCUUCCACUGUCAGUGUUCUUGUUUAAGCGAAAUCCUAAUAGAGGAUGAAAGCUGCCAUUUUGUCAAGCCCUCCUUGCCUCUGAGUACAUUUUUGUUGUGCCAGCAAAACCUAUCUAUGCCCACCUAUUCAAUGAGACAUUAAUUGUCUGGCAGCUGUGGGUGACUUGUAUCCCUGUGACAAGACCAAUGGCAUUGACAGUGGAAAUGAGUUUCCGGUAGCAGAAGUGUCUCCAUGUGUCUUUUUAGUAAGCGACGAAGCAGGAAAUCAAAUCCUGUGCUUUCCAGGCAUUUAUUUUUUGCCUCAAAAUAUUUUUAAACCAACUUCUGUUACAUCUGCUUCAGCUUUGCCUGCCUAGUACGGGUCCAUCGUUACACUGUGAGUGAUUUAUGUGUAAUUUGCAGGUUUCACUUUUGUGAAUUUGAUUAUUCAUGGAUUUGAUUAAUACGAGAUUUCUUCUGGCCCAAAAUGAUUAGUGAAAAUAGUAAACAAUUGGUAGCCUUUUUGUAUAGUUGUACUAUGUUGCCAUCAUGAAAUACAAAGGGUAUUUUUUAAGUAAGGUCCGUUUUGUUGUAGACACUAGUAGUUCGCGCGCAUACCACAACGAGCGCGUGCGUCGUGUACCGGCAUGCCUCGGGAACAACUGUGCUCAGUUUCCGCUCUGUAGCUAACCUGUACGGUUCUGUUCUGUGCUUUAAAAAUGUUUAAGACUAUCAACUCACCCUCCGCAUGUGAGGUUCGCUCAGUGAUACGGUUUUUGUCAGCAAGGAACCUGCCUGCUGCAGAAAUUCAUCGACAGAUUUGUGAAGUGUACGGUGAUACUCUUAUGAGUGAAAGCAAAGUGCGUAAGUGGGUACGACAAUUCAAAGAUGGCCGUGACAACGUCCAUGAUGACGACGACUUGAAAACGGCAGUGAACUCUUGGUUAUGGAGCAGGUGGCAAGUUUUUAUGAAGAGGGUAUUUUAAAAUUGGUUCAGAGGUAUGAUAAGUGUUUGAACAAACUUGGCAACUAUGUCGAAAAAUAGAGUGAAGUAUGUACUUUCUGAAAAUAAAUUUACUUUUUUGAAAUAAACUUUCGUUGUGUACUUAUGUUCCAACGGACCUUACUUAAAAAAUACCCCUCGUAUAUUACUUCGAAAUAGGGCCCAUCAUAUUGAAACAUGCUAUAUAUUCUCUUUAGGAAUUUUGUAAGUCCUCUGGUGCAACUCUACGUCGAAUUCCACCUAACGUUGAACAUAGGGUUGCAUGGAGGACCUAGCAAUUUCUACACUAAGUAAAAAAUAAAAAGAUUUUUAUCUGUGGUCUUUCCAUAUUUGCACUCUACCCUAGCAAAUGUAGAGGGGCAACUGUAUUUCUUUUAAGAUAUUGUGCUGGAAAAGCAAAUCUGAGCAUUCCUUGAUGGGGAAUUUCUUGUUUGUAAAUUGACAGCUGAUUCCAGGGGCUUCCUGUGCUCCAUUUGCUAUUUUGGUGACCAGCUGAACUUGGGCAUUCCAGCUUCUCCUUGCCGUAACUGAGAGGCGCAAAAUCGUUCUAUUUUUAAACCCUCUUUAAUGUUUGAACAAAUGUGUAUUUACUUUAUGGAAAUCUGUGUUAUGUUUCAAAAGUGAAUGAUAGCAAAAUCUAUAUUUGCUGUUUUUAGAUUCGGAAACAAGCAUUCAUUUUAAACUACAGAUGUGGUGAAGGCUCACAACUUUGGAAAAUAAAAAAGCUGUUGGACUCUCCAGAUGGCGUUCAGUUUUGUGGAUACAACCCAGCAAACCAAGCAGCAAGAUAAAUUUUAAGCGUUUAGACCAGGAUUGGGAAUCAUGCAUUGUUGAUGGAUUCCUAGGCCCAGCAGGGUAGGAAUGAUGGGAGCUGCAAUUCAGCAACCUCUGAAGAGUCACAUGAUCCUUGCCUCUGAUUUAUAACAAUUAUAUUCAUGUAACCGUUGCAGUCUGAGUGUUGUCAGGUUUCCUAUAAAAUGUAUCCAUUACUUAUAUACAUUGGUAUAAUUAAUUUAAUAAAUAAAUAAAUAAAUCUGA